CCUCCCAGUUCCCACGAGUCUGGGGAGGCCGCGCCAGUCAAGAACAUCCCUGCCCACGGGCGCGCGCGAGGGGGGAGGAAGCAGUGCAGGAACGGAUGUGGCCGUGGGUAGUUGGGCCGCCGUGACACCGCCGGGAGGUUUCCGGGCCAAUUCUGCGAGGAGAGGAGUGAGCGGGGCCGGUUCCCGCGUGGGUGAGCCUGGGUACCGGGAGCGUUCCCCCGGCGCCCUCUGGCGGGCGGAAGCCGCGCCGCACCUGGGGGGGACGGGACGCGGGGCAGCCACAACCCCGUCCCCUUGGGCCCUUCGGUGGGCCCGGGCUUCCUCCACCCGCCCACCCGGGUGGUCGCGACUCGGGCACCCAGGACGCAGGUCCGGCAGCGGGACUCCGCCCCCGCGCCUAUGCGCGCCUAUGUUCGGCCCUGCCCUCCGCAGCAGCUUUCCGGUGGCUCCGCCCGCGGCCCAAUUUCCAGGCGACUGUUUCCCAGCGACCGCACGGGUGGGGCGGUCUUGUCCCCCCCACCCCCCGCCAGCGCCGGCGAGGCCCCGCCUCUGGUUCUGGUGCGGGAGCGGGGCCUGCCUGUGGCUGCAACGCCGCGGGCGGCUCGGGGCGGGUCGGCAGAGGCAUGGCACGCACGGCCUCCGGGGUCGGCGGCACCCCGGGUGGGCGACGUCCCUUCUCUGGGCCUCAGUUCCCGGGCCCGUAAAACGGGGGCGAGAACCGGGUUUCAAGGCAGAACCGCGCGUAAGUCCCUCCUGUAAGCCCGGCCCCUGUGGGCCUGACCGGGUCUGGGGUGCGAACGCAGCGAUGGACUCGCUGGCAGCGCCCCAGGACCGCCUGGUGGAGCAGCUGCUGUCGCCGCGGACCCAGGCCCAGAGGCGGCUCAAGGAUAUCGACAAGCAGUACGUGGGCUUCGCCACACUGCCCAAUCAGGUGCACCGGAAGUCUGUGAAGAAGGGCUUUGAUUUCACGCUCAUGGUGGCCGGUGAGUCAGGCCUGGGGAAGUCCACACUGGUCCACAGCCUCUUCCUGACCGACUUGUACAAGGACCGGAAGCUGCUCAGUGCUGAGGAGCGCAUCAGCCAGACUGUGGAGAUCCUGAAGCACACGGUGGACAUCGAGGAGAAGGGCGUGAAGCUGAAGCUCACCAUUGUAGACACACCCGGCUUCGGGGAUGCUGUCAACAACUCCGAGUGCUGGAAGCCCAUCACCGACUACGUGGACCAGCAGUUUGAGCAGUAUUUCCGCGACGAGAGCGGCCUCAACCGCAAGAACAUCCAAGACAACCGCGUGCACUGCUGCCUGUACUUCAUCUCCCCUUUUGGGCACGGGCUGCGGCCCGUGGAUGUGGGUUUCAUGAAGGCCCUGCACGAGAAGGUGAACAUCGUGCCCCUCAUCGCCAAAGCUGAUUGUCUCGUCCCCGGUGAGAUCCGGAAGCUGAAGGAGCGGAUCCGGGAGGAGAUUGACAAGUUCGGUAUCCAUGUGUACCAGUUCCCCGAGUGUGACUCCGACGAGGACGAGGACUUUAAGCAGCAAGAUCGGGAACUGAAGGAGAGCGCGCCCUUCGCAGUUAUCGGCAGCAACACAGUGGUGGAGGCCAAAGGCCAGCGGGUCCGGGGGCGACUGUACCCCUGGGGGAUCGUGGAGGUGGAGAACCAGGCCCACUGCGACUUCGUGAAGCUGCGCAACAUGCUCAUCCGCACGCACAUGCACGACCUCAAGGACGUGACGUGCGACGUGCACUACGAGAACUACCGCGCACACUGCAUCCAGCAGAUGACCAGCAAACUGACCCAGGACAGCCGCAUGGAGAGCCCCAUCCCCAUCCUGCCCCUGCCUACGCCCGACGCUGAGACAGAAAAGCUCAUCAGGAUGAAGGACGAGGAGCUAAAGCGCAUGCAGGAGAUUCUGCAGAAGAUGAAGCAGCAGAUGCAGGACCAGUGACCCAGCCCGGCCCCAAGUAGCCGCGGAGAGACUGCCAGUUUCUGGGCUGGCCCUUCCCGUCCCUGGACCCCGACUGGCCUGGACUCAACCCUGGAAUCAUCUGGAUCUCCAGCAGGCCUGGGCACCACCCCAGUCCCAGAGCGACCAGGACCAGGACUGUCCCCAGCUGUUCCUGACCUGACCCAGAGACGCGGGGUCACAGCCCCCAGCCAACCCUAAUUUAUUCUCAGCAUCAGUCCCUCCCCUCAUUUGUAUCUGCUUCCAAGGGGCCUGGAGAGUAGCCCCCACAGCUGGCCGCCUUCGGCCUUGGGGGAGCAGCAGCUAGGUUGGGGCAUGACUUUUAAGAUCUACCCCUAUCCUAGAAGGUCAUGA